AUGACAUCCAAGCCACACUCCGCUCAGUGGUGCGAUCUCCCGCCAGGUGACUUCCAUUUGUGCCACUUCUUUGAGACUCCCAAGGCUGGCGAGUUUGCGGAACGACUCCUCAACCUGCAGCUGACCCUUCUAGCCACCAUGAAUGAGGAAGGCGAUUCACCAGAAAAGGCGUGCAUCAUCGCAAACAUCAUGCGGUCUUCUGAGUGGAAUGCCUCAACCGCCUCUCCUCCUCCACCGAUGCCCGUCCCUGCAGUGUUGCCGCAGUCCGAGUCACCUCCUCGAGGUCCGUCACCUUUCCAACCUCCUACACCCCAGGUACUUUUCGUCGUGUUAACUUUGCCCCCCCCCUCCCCCGAGAAUUUCCCAAAAACUUCGACUCCCUAUUUCUCCAAAAUUCUGAAAUCGCACUGCGAACGCGCCGAUCUUGUCCUGAACACGGGCUCUUAUUGGCUAUUUGGCGUUAUUACUCACGGCACUGCCGGUUUAGCGACGGCCUCCAAUUCGGGGCCAUCUGAACCAAGUCAACAACCAGUGCCUGAGUCAGCCCACUCUUGCCGCGACUCUAACGCUUUUCCCCUCAUUCUUUCAGCCACAAACGAACCCGUGGACUCCAAAACGGCCACACAGGAACUGCUCGUGGAGCUCGCUACUGGUCCUGAACCACAGGUAUUGUCCACAAAACUGCCACACGCACAGUGUGGUCGUCUUCACGGGGCUUCUCUUACCGCAUUUUGUCCACUUCAGGUCCAUCCACCUCCUCCUCCUCAUUCCCCUCCUGCUGCUGCUGCUGCUGUCUCAGCGGAUGAACCACCGCUCGAUGCAGCUGCUGCUGCUGCGCCCCCUGUUGAGGUCCAACCCCCCGACACCAACCCAUCUUCCGUGAGUCAGUUGUCUUGCAAGCUUAGUUCUGGGGUCUGA